ACGACAGACAGCAUUUGUUUUCUUCUCAGAUAAUACUUACAUGCGGUUAAGAACAACAGACUGAUCACAGUGCAUCAACCUAAAAUAUAUUCAUCAUACAAGUAGGCGUAAAGUUGCCUACGAUUGCUAGUCGCAACAGUAUCAGGGCAGCAAAACACAAAUAGAAGAGAUAAGCAGCAAAUAGCAUCGAAUACAUAUUAAUCAAUAAAAAAAAAAAAACAUCAGCAACAAUAUGCCUUUUAAAGACCUAUUCAAUAGCUGUCAACCGAUACAGUUGUAUAUUGUGUUGACAAUGUCCGUCUCUUAUUUCAUCGUACAACUGGUGCUGAGCCACAUAACACAUGCUCUAACCCUGUUGAUGGCAUCCUAUCAUAUGUUAUGCAACAUUUUCGCGCUCACUGGCUGCAUAGUAACAAUUAAGCACAGCAGAAAACGUGAUGACAACUUUGAAGAGUACAUCAGCUCAGCGUAUGCCGGCAGUAAUAGUAAUUUAUCCCAAAAGCCGAAUAAAGAUAAAAUUAUAGUGGUACAUAUGUCUGGACCUCAUUCAGCCUCAGCGACACGUCAUCGCCGAGAAAUGAAGUUGCGUAAUACAUUCGGUUGGACUCGUAUAGACAUACUAACCAUGCUGAUUGUUUUCAUAAUCCUCGCAUCCCUUUCAUUUUCACUGGUCGUGGAGGCGUUGCAGACUUUAGUACACAUUGAUCAUCAAGAUACAAUGCACUUGCCAGUUAUUGUUAUGGUACUAGGUUUUUUUGGCCUUAUCUUAAAUGGAUUGACGUAUCUAUUAAUCGGUGGAUAUACAAUGCAUCAGGGGAGCUUUUUGCAUGUGACACCUAACGGAGAUGUAGUUCUGGAUCGUGUGCUAUCAACCAGUGGGGACUUACAAGCCGAUGAACGAUCACUCUCAAAACCGAACAAAGAGAACAUAGACAACGACCGCCAACUAAAGGAUGACCUUAAAGCAGAAAUCGGACAAGUACAUUAUACACCAAGAAGGCAAGGUGGUGUGGAGAUGUUGCGAGAUGUUUCUAGUACCAUAUUCGUAAUCGUUUGCGCAUUAAUUGUGUACAUGGCGGAAGAUGAAGAGCACACAGCUAAAUUCAUCGAUCCCGUACUUUCGAUAUUUUCAUGUGUGCUUUUAGUCUCGCUAAGUUAUCCUUAUAUGAAACAGUCUUGCCUAAUUCUCCUGCAAACGAUUCCUGGUUCCAUUGAUAUGGUAGACUUCGAGCGCACAUUAGUGAUGAAAUUUCCUGAAAUAGUUAGCUAUCAUGACCUACACAUCUGGCAAUUAUCGGUGCAUAAAUCCGUAGCCACUGUGCACAUAAUGUUCCAGAACCCACAGCUUUAUACCAAAAUCAUUGAUGAUGUACGCUCUUAUUUCCACGAUCGUGGAAUUACUGAAGUCACCAUACAACCAGAAUUUCAAAGCCCAAAGUCGCCAUCUAUAGAGUGCUUAAUGCAGUGUAGCGCCACCGAUUGCGCAGACAAAGUAUGUUGUAAGGACUCGCGCACUGAUCUACGUGAAGUAAUCAGCGCAUCUCCCAAUGGUGAUAGCGAUUUACAGCUUUACAAGCAAAAUACAUGUAAUGAUAGUGUGGAGUCUUCUGAACUCCAAGAUUUGCAAAUCGUAAAGGUCCAGAAAAUAGCAGAAAAUAUCGAAGAGAACACAAAAUUUGACGGGAAAGAACCGACCGAAAAGGCCCCAGAAAGUGUUGAAGAUAAAGUCAUCUCAAAACCUGUAGCAGAUUCUAUUGAAGAGAAUGUAGCAUCCACAGCAAAACAUGAACGUACUAAAGAAUGCGGGAUAACAACUAAUAAAGAAGUCAAAGAAGUAGGAACUGGAAAAUGCAGCUGAUAAAAUAUUGUAAAUGUAUUUAUCAGGCAGGUUCUGCAAUUCACUUACGUGUGAAUUUCAACAAAAUGCGCUUUGAAUUUACAUAGGCAGGGGUUGAAAUUCACGCGGAAGUGAAUUGCGGAACCCGCCUGUAUAUUAUACAUUUUAUGUAAACUAUUAUAAAUUAUUACUGCUACC